CCUUACAAACGGUCGCAUUUUCCAGCCACUUGUCUGUUGUUCGAACGUUGAGAGGGAAAAUUUAUUCAAAAAUACAACAUCACUUCUUCGAAGCAUAGGUGUGACUUGUUAUUAGUGGAAGGUACUUGCAUAUUCAGCCAAGCAGUUCGGAUUGAAGAAGUUGCGAAAAAACAGAACCCAUAAUUUAACAGUUUAUUUAGUGCUUUUAAACGGUUUUUUACUUUCUGUCGCGGUAUUAUUUUUUUUUCUCAAUUACGAAAGCACUAAUUGGCGCGAUUUCGGAAGUUUGUGACCAAAGUGAUUGUAGUUGAAUUACCGUUGAAAAUUCAAAAAGAUGUUACAAGCUGUUCGCAAAAAUCGAGUUGAUGAAAAGUGGCCAACUCCUCGAUAUGGGUACGUUUAAGGCGAUCUCUUGGUUCCUCGAAGGCCCCCAAGAAAAGCGAGAGUGAAUCUGUGUGGGGGUGGAGGCAAAAAUAGCCAGCAAAGGAAAAAUCCUCCAGCCGUGUCCGUUUACGAACGGUGAAGAUUGGAUCACAACUGUUAGGCCAUCAACCGGCCAAAAGGAGAGGAGCAAAAAACCGUCGGUUAAAGAAAAUCAACGCCGGAGUAGGAUCAGUGCAGUGGAAAUCUUUUUUACGACCAUCUAGCAGAAGCGGUCAAAACGGAAGAUUUAUGAUCGCUUAUUGAAUCACAGCUGAAAACGGAUAACUAUUGAAACAAUCCAGCAGAGAUCGGUUUAGAUCCGGUCAGCCUCAAACUAACAGUGAGACAAUCCUUCCGAUUCGAUCGAAGAAAAAUGAAAAAGGUAUCAACAUCACUAGUUGAGUUGUGAGUGAAAGGUUACGUAUUUAUUUUCGGUUGUACGGAUUGGUAACGGUCAUCUGUUCCGUUGAUCGUCUUCACAAAAAUAUUACGAAGCAAUUGAUUGAUGAAUUGAUGAUCAGUCGUCCCAGCAUGUGACGAGAGCCGUAAAAAAACAGAGAAACAAAUUCAAUCAAACGGGUAAUUUGGUGGAAAAUUGGAUCCCAGUGAAAGUGAUUAACUUGUUUGGCUGUUUUUUGAUGAUUAUUUUUUCGAGAGGAACACAUGUGACCGGUGCAUCAAAUUUCAACCUAACCGGCAAUGAAUAUUGAUUGAAUAAGGUUGGGGUUGGGUUCGUGGACGGUAAGCCUGCAUUCGAUAAAAGGUAUCAACGACCGACUGAAUCAUAAAGAUCUUCCAUAGUUAAACCCUGGAGAUGACCCAACGUUUGGAAGUCAGUCUACAGUUUGGGAUCAAUCUUAAUUAAACGAAACGCAAUAACUGACCAAGUCGCGCAUAUGCAAAUGAGCUAUGAGAACACUGCCGAAAGUGAAAGCCAGCAACGGGCCGCGGAAAAUGAACAGUAAUUUAUCCGGGGAUAAAUCUGAAAUCGUCCAGCCGCGGAAUAUAAUCAUUACUCAUCAUCGCUAACGAAAAAUGCAGGCUUUCUUCGAGGUCGCCUUUAGAGGCUGCGGAAGGCGCUUUAAUGUUGAUCCCUCGAAAUAUCUCGUUUUACUCGUUGGGCUUCUGCUGGUGCUCGGGGCACAGCAAAGGGUUUCGGCCCAAAGGGACACAAUCUGUCCCCCGCAGGAUAUCAUACUGCCUUGCCGAUGUUCACAGCGUGGCAGCGAAAUUCAAAUAUGGUGCUCUCACAGCGACCUUCCAAGGGUGCUGAACGGUCUGAAGGCCGUUUCCAAAUCGAUCAACCGACCGAUCGAUGAACUGAUUCUGGAGAAUAACUUCCUGCCCUCGCUUCCGGGACGGACAUUUGCCCCGUUGAACAUUCUGAGACUUAUGUUGAGGCACAACGGUUUGGAGCGAGUCUCCAACGGGUGGCUCAACGACUUGGACAAAACUUUGGUGGAGAUAUUUAUAGUCGAGCGAAAUCUUCGUAGUCUACCGGUGGAUAGUUUGGUUGGCUUGAGAAAGUUGGAAGCAGUUACUAUCCAGAGCGAGAAUUUGAAGCGAUUGCCCGACUUUUCGGGUCUUCCGAAGUUACGAUACAUCAAUGUACAGAGUUCUUCGUUGAUAGAGAUAGCUCCACAGAGUUUCCGUGACUUGAAAAAUUUGGAAACAAUAAGUAUAACUGGUAGUCGAGCGUUAAACAGGGUUGAAGGAGGUCUCUACAAUGAUCUACCGAAGUUGACUACCAUAAACUUGUCGGAAAACGGAAUUGACUGGGUUCAUCUACGAGCCUUUGUAGGGUUGACUAAUCUUAAAACGUUACAACUGAGUGGGAAUAAGAUUGGUGACGCAGGCAUGAUAGGUCGAGCGAUUAAAGAUAUUCCCAACUUGAUGACUCUGAGACUUGAUCGAAACGUUAUAUCUCGGCUGAACGAAGCCAGCUUUGUUGAUCUUCCGGCGUUGAAGGAACUUUUUUUGAACGAUAACACCAUUACGGAGAUCUACCAUGGGGCAUUUCAUAGAACGCCAAGUUUGAAAUUGGUCCAUCUGGAGAACAACUAUUUGAGAAGAGUUCAUCCGGAGUCGUUCCUGCAAGCUUCCGGAAGCGGAGUUGAGGUAAUUCACCUACAGAAGAACGAGAUCAGUCGAAUUGAAGAAAUGAGAUCACUCCUCGAUGCGCUACCCAUGUUAAGGUUCCUGGACCUGAGCCAUAACAAACUCGAAGCGAUUCCUUUCGGAGCUCUCAGAGGUCAUGGAACCCUCGAACAGCUGUAUCUGAACAACAAUAAGAUCCGAAUGAUUGAGCGAGAUGCCUUCAUGGCCAUGCCUGGGCUCCGAGAACUUCGCUUGAGUAACAAUUCCCUCUCAGACCUGUUACCGAUGCCAUUCUGGAAUCUGCCCGGCCUGAAAGGGAUCGACAUCUCUUACAACAACUUCAGAAGGGUAGAACCAACACUUUUGAUAGGAGUUCCCUCCUUGAGACGUUUCGACAUCAGUGGAAACUACCUCAACUCGCUUGAUUCCUCGGCCUUCGCUCACACUCCGAUGCUUGAGACCGUCAACAUCUCCUUCAACGAGCUGACCAUUCUUCAUCCGACGACCUUCCGUGAUUUAAACCACUUGUUUGAAAUCGAUGCCGGAGGUAAUAAACUAAAAGAAUUUCCCCCAGGCCUACCCCUGGCAGUUGAACGGGUCAAUCUCCAGGGAAAUCAAAUCGAAAACUUCCCUCAGGUUCCAGCUAGUUCUCUGGAUCUUCCAGCUCUCCGGAUGCUAGACAUAAGCGGAAAUCGACUUACCAAAGCUCCUAAAGGUACCUUCCAAACGACUCCCCAAUUGCGCUACUUGAGUCUUUCAAGGAACCAAUUGCAAAGCAUCGAUGAAGGCAGCCUAACAGGGCUUAGUCGUUUAGAAGUGCUAAAUCUGGAAGACAAUCGCUUGUUAGCGCUUCACGAACGAUCACUCAGCCCCUUGGACAACCUUCGUGAACUGAACCUUCAAGGAAAUCGAAUAGAAGUCCUCGUAGACCACCUGCUAGACAACAACGGACACCUGGAACGAUUCGACGCCUCCAGAAACAGCAUCGUAGAAAUAUCCCCGAAAGCUUUCCGCAACAGUCGAUCCCUCCAGACCCUCGAUCUAUCAGGGAACAACCUCCGUGAGCUACCGGAAUCCCUCUCCGGUUUAACCGAACUCAAGGAGGUUGACGUCAGCUUUAACCAACUAACCGAACUGACCCCGAACGUCCUCGGAUCCUGGCGAAACCUGGAAGAGCUGAAAGCCUCCAACAACAAGGUCAAUCAACUGUCUCAGGGUUCCUUGAGAAAUCUACCGCUGCUCCAGUACAUGGAUCUUUCAAGUAACGAGCUGAUGAUACUGGAACAUGGUUCGCUGCGGAAUCUACCCGAACUGCAGGAGCUGGUGCUGGCCGAUAACAAGCUGAGCGAGCUGAAGGAUCGAAUAUUCGAGGAUCUGCCGAACCUUCAGGCCGUUCACCUGCAGCAAAACAAUCUGCAACUGAUAUCACCCUACACUUUCUACCGUUCACCAUCGAUCGUUUACCUGAACCUAUCGACAAAUCAGUUCCGCAGUUUGGAGAAUGUCGGACUACGAAGUGUCCGGAACCUGGAAGUACUGGACUUAUCCGGCAAUCAAAUUCGGAAGAUCACCCCCAAUCCUCUGCGCGGCUUGGACUGGUUGGUAGAACUGAAGCUGGACGAUAACCGCAUUUGUGGCAUCCAGGGUGAACCAUUUGCCAGCAUGCCUCGACUGAGGGUCUUGAGCGUAAGGAAUAACCGGAUGGCACGUGUUCCGGAGCCCAUCUUCCGGAACUUGAGGACUAACAUCGCUAUUCUGGAUGUUGAUGGAAACCCCCUGGACUGCACCUGCGAGAUGUUGUGGUACAAAGCUUGGCUCCAGGAAACUAGAAACAUUUAUCCGGGACCUCGCUGUCGAGAUGGAAAGAUGCUGAUGGAUACCCGCCUCACCAGGAACGAGUGUCAAGCGGACGCCAGAGUUGGAGGACCCGUUAGUGAUGAGCGCAUUCCCCUGACCAACGACCAUGGGGACAUAUUCGUGAGGCAGCUAGAUUUCGAUGACUGUGAUGCAGAAAGCUAUGAUGCGUUGCCACCGGGACCUGGUCCGGGGCCAGGAGUUGUGCCAGCCGUCGUUGCCAUUCCACCUUCGCCCGGGGAAAGUGAGUACUUUUCCAACCAGUACAUUGACUAUCCUGGGGCUCUGAAUGACAGUCGUUUGAUUGGGAUACUAAACGGGUCUACCUUUUCAGGAGAUCCGCCAAUUCGAGGCAACUUCAGCCAGAACGUAGUAGACUUCAACAACAACAAGUUUAACAAUCUGUACAACCAACCUCCAGAGCCUCCGAAUCUGAAUAAGCCGCAGUUCACGUUUUUCGGUGUUCCGAUUCCAAGUUUAGAUGUCGGGAAAAUGUUCGGAGGCUCAGCCGGAAGAAGUCCAAAUAACCGAGCAGCUACAGGCACUCGAGCCAAGGGACGCGUUCAAGUUUACCGACCCGAUGAUCCAGCUAACCCUUCGAUCUACAAAACUAGCGAUCGAAUCGGGGCCUCAAUCACCGUUAGAACUCCCGAUGACACACAAGACAAAAAUCUGGGAGCUUCCAAUGACAAUAACCUGUUCUACAGGCCUUACUUCCAAACAUCUUUCCAGAAACCUACAAUACAAAAGGGAGGCUUCACGCCAGUCAUCCCUGGUAGCGAGGGAGGUUUCACCCCAAUAACUGAACCCCCUGUAACCAAAAUCAUGAAACAAAAUCUAACCGGGCCAGGAAAGUGGCCUGAAGAGUUCAUCGAUCGUGUACCUCUGGUUACGGACACUACGCGUCACCUGCAAAGAAACAAGUUUGAAGCUACCAUAAAACCUUCCCAUCACGCUCCGUACUUUGUCGACGGAAUAACCCACGGAGAACCGAUUCCAACUCAUCCGCCACCACCCAAAGAACAUGAAAACGCCAAAGAAAGUACAAACCGCAAGGAAGUUACAGAGAAACCGAACCCCCCUGCCCAAGACAAUUCUUCCCAGCACUCCGAAAUGGAGGACACCUACGAAGAUGAUGACGAAGCCGUCGAAGACGAUGCGGAUCACCCAUCCGCACCGGCUAGUGGAAGCCACGACUCAUCUUCCAAACACGAUGACGACCUCACAACCCGGCUCUCGAUCGAACUCGGAACGGCAACCACGGCUGGUCCCCAUCAGUUCAACAAACCCUUCACCCUACACAAAAACGAACCUACAAUGACCCGGGAACUCACUCGGGCUCCCAACACCGAAUUCUACGAUGGGAUCAACUCCGCCCUCGUUUCCUCCGGAGCAGCCCAACAGACCAUCCCAACUGGGAGUGCCGUCUCGAUCUCUCCCGGUGGUAAACGUCCACCCGGCAAAUCAACCAUAGAAAAGGUAGCGGCUCCCCUCUCCUCAACCGUAACCCCGUACGUCGCCGGAAGUUCUCCAGGGCGGGAUGAGUAUUCCGGAUCGGCAACGCAUCGGAUCCUACCGAAGUACGAUAACGAAUUCGUUACCCAGAGCAUCAUCGAUUUGGCCCACAAUCAUCCACUUUCCGGAAAUGAAAUAAGGAAACGGGAGGACAUGGAGUGGUACUAUGCGACCUACAAUCGGACCCCACUUUACGACGAUUUCGAUGAACCCGGACUAAAUCCGUACAAGAGCGGUGGCAGUAGGAGUUUUGGAUUCCGUAUUUCCCUAAGCUUUAUAGUUCUAGCUGCGAUAUGGAGAACGUAUGCUUUUUAGGACCAGUUGUUACAGGAAGCAAGAGUUGAUAGUUUUAACUUCCAGUGUACUAUUUCAAAUAGUUAGUUGUAGAAAAAACGCAGUACCAAAUAUUGAUAACCACGAUGAAGUGAUAACUGAGGUAUGAUUUCUCUCAUUUGUAAAAAGAUUUCAACAGAUUUUCCUAGGAUAAGUAUACGUUACUGUACAACAUAC